AUGCAGUCACUCGCAGCGAGCUUCAAGCUGCUCACGCUCAAUCCAAACACGCUCACACGACGACUCGCACGCACCCUCGCAACCGCCGCUUCCACUCUCGCCUCCUCGCCUGAUCCCGCACAGGCAGCAGCACAACCGCCGCGCGUCUUCACGCCAGACUCGAAGCGGACGGGCGUGCUCGCGAGGAAACAUGGCAUGACUGCACUGUGGGCCACAGACGGGACCCGCAUCCCCGUCACCGUCCUCGAGCUCGACUCGCUCACUUCGCUCUCGUCGGGGACGCAGCUCGACGCAGUACAAGUCAUCUCCUCCCAGUCCUACCCCGCACCAACUCCCAAGCACCGCGUCCGCCACACCGUCAUCGUCGGUUGCUCGCCUCGCAAGGCAAAGACGACGCACAACGCCCUCCUCGGGCAGUUCAAGAAGGCCGGUGUCGAGCCAAAGAUGCGCUUGGCCGAGUUUGAGGUCACGGAGGAUGCGUUGGUGCCGGCAGGCACGGUCAUUUCGGCAGCGCACUUUGUUCCCGGCCAGCACGUCGACGUGCAAGCGCCUUCAAUCGGCAAGGGUUUCCAAGGCCCGAUGAAGCGACACGGUUUCCGUGGUCUCCGAGCAAGUCACGGUGUCUCGAUCAGUCACCGUUCGCACGGUUCGACGGGUCAGCACCAGGACCCGGGUCGCGUGUGGCCAGGAAAGAAGAUGGCCGGCCGGAUGGGCGGCAAGAACGUCACGACGCAGAACCUGAUGGUUGAGCGAGUCGACCUCGCCCGCAACGUCGUCUACGUGCGCGGACACGUCCCCGGUGCGCCGGGGGGCUUCGUGCGCGUGACGGAUGCGAUCAAGAAGGUUGGGUGGAAGGCGAGGGAGAGGGCGAGGAGGGGACUGGAUUUGGUUAGUGAGGAGACGGGCGAGAGGGAGGUCGUGAGGGGUGUCAAGACGCUGCCGUUCCCGACGGCGAGUGUCGAGCAGGCCAAGGCGUGGCCGCAGGAGAUCCAGCGCGUCGGUGGGUUCAGGUAG